AUGGACAGGAAAGUUGCUAGCAACAUGGAGCUUGAUUCUGCUGUCUUCCAAGUAUCCUCGCCUGACAACAGGUAUGAGGCAAUUGCUUGCAGUAAGGGAAAAACAGAACUGAUAGCUUCUGGUCCUUUCGACCAUUUAGUUCUGCACCUGGAGGAUGCCAAAGCAUUCCAAUCUUGUUCAUCAAGUGGUACUUUUAAACUGUUAUUGACUGGGGAUGAAAAGGGCUCUUCCUGGUUUACCAAAUCCACCUUGCAGAGAUUCUUGCAUAUCAUAAAUUCAUCUGAUACAUCAAAAUCGGUCAAUGGAGUUUUAGACGAGAUGUCACAGCUGGAGGAAACGAGAAAGUUUCAUCAGUCGCUCUAUGUUAAGGAGCAACAAAAUGUUUUUAGUGGUGCUUUAACAGGAGGUUUGUUUGGUACUGGUGCCAUAGCACAGCAGGGAAAUGAUGGGCCAAAUUCAUCGGAGACUACAAAGAAUGAAUUGCUUCGAGCACUGGAUUUGAGGUUAACUGCACUGAAGGAAGAGAUCUUGAUCUUAUUGAAUCGAGCAGUUGGAUCCAAUUUAUCGACAAGAGAAAUAUCUGAUUUAUCUGCUUUUGUUCAGAGAUUUGGAACAUCAGAGUUUAGUUGGUUGAUGCGGUGUAUGUUGUUGAUUUUGGAUUGUCAGCCCUCUGAGGUCCCUUUACAGCAAGAUUCUACUACUGAGAAAAUUGACAAGGGUGAGAAUGCACAUAAACCUUGUGAUAUCAGUCCUCAGACCAAUCCCCAGAGGCCCAUUGCCAAUGAUGUCUCUCCAGCAAAGCUUGCACAAAUUGAGCGUGAGAGCUCAACAGAAAGUGAAGAUUCCUCUGAGUCUAGUGAUGAAGGUGAGGCCAUUGUUGAAAGGAGCCGACCUCUUGUAAGAUCUGCUUCACCUAGAAGAUCGGCUUCUCCAAUGCGGAGGGUUCAAAUUGGGAGAUCAGGAUCACGUCGAUCAACAGCAAUUGCCAUCAAGAGCCUCAGUUACUUCCCUCCUAGUCAGAGGAUUCCUUUGGAUAAAGAUGAUGAAAGUAGUACCUGCAAUGGUGAAACUGACCAGCCACCAAGGAAAUCUGACAAUAAUGUAAGAAGGAUGAGUGUUCAGGAUGCGAUUAACCUUUUCGAGAGCAAGCAGAAGGAUCAGAAUCCAGAUUCACAAAAUAAGAAAGCUGGCUUGUUUGCUACUAAGUCUGUCUUAAGAAGGUGGAGUGCAGGAAUGGGUGAUUCUUUGAAUGAAAAGUCAGAAGGAAAAGUCUCAGAGUCCACAUCUGAAAGUAAAUCAAACAUGGCUUCUGAAACAGAGAAGGUUGGAGCUGAAAUGAAGGCUGAACUAGAUAACACACCAAAGAAUUUUGUUACACCUGAGGUUGAAGAUUUAACUUUCCAUGCUAAUUUUCAUGAUAUUGGAGUACCAGAAACGGAGAGCACUGUUUGUAGUAAUAUUUGUGCAGAACAAGCAAAGUUUGGACUGGAGGAAAGCAGUGAUCGGGCAAUGGCCUCUGCAGAGUGGAACCGCCAGAAGGAAGCUGAACUUAAUCAAAUGUUAUUGAAAAUGAUGGAAGUCAUGCCUGGAAAACUUGCGGCUGCUAAUGCCACCGCUGCUGGUCUCAGUUCCACCAAUCAGCAAAAAGGUGUAUCUCAUGGUCAGCAUAGAGAGAAGCGAGACACAAAAGUCAGAACUGAGAAAGGCACAAGGCGACCUGCAAAGGAACCAAGCACCAAGUCCUUGAAGGAAACAGCUGGGCAGAACAAACCAACAAUGACCUCCAAAACUGGCACUUCAGCAGAGAGACGUAUUUCACCAGUUCCGCAAAGGGCACGGCGAAAUUCAUCACCUCCAGUCCUACCCAAAGAAGUAGCUUCAAAGACACCACCAGUCAGAAAAAGCUCACCGAAACCAUCACCUGCAUCUGCAUCUGUGCCUACCACACGAAGUUCAUGGUCAGGUGGUUCUUUGACUAAAGCAACUACAACACAAAAAACUAAAAGCUCUCCUGGGAUGGCUUCGACGUCCACACAAACUAGCCGAAGAAGGACUCCGACAACACCCUCGUCGUCUCAGCCAGCUUCAAAAGUGGAAAGAGCCAUUCAACCAGUGAAGAACAAGAAGGAACCCAUUACUGCUACCAAGCCAGCUAUAAAGGGACAAGAAGAGAAGAAGACAAAAACAGCAACAAAGACAAGCAGAAUAACUAGAGUUUCACCUUCUUCAGGAGAAAAAUCAAGUGUAACAACGAAGCAAAGCUUGCAUAAGGUUUCAAAGAAAAGCAGUGUUGUGCCGCUUGAGUCCAAACCCUUGAAGAAAACCACUGGAAUUAGUCAGAGCAUUGGUUCUGGUACUGUGAAGAGUAAGGUACCCCAACUUGAUGACUCCUCAAAAGAUAGUGGAAGUGUUAACCAAGCUGAAGAUAAGGAGCAAUCUCCUAUGACAACCGAGCCAACUACCAAGGUACUGGAGGCUGAUCUUGCUCAACCAGCACAUGAUGUUGAUGAAAAUUUAGAAAUUUCGCUCGAUAAUGACUUGAAUAUUGAAAAAACAGAGAAACCGGCCUCGAGUUUAACUGCAACAGAAAUGGGCUCCAGUGUCCAUGUUGAACCCUCUACCGAUGAGGUCGAUGAGGCCAUACAACGUCCUGAUGAUGACAUGGGCAUCUCAUCAGCUGCUUGGGUAGAAGUAGAGCAUCAAGAACUAGAAGUCACUGAUUCGAGUGAAAAUGUAGUCGCUGAGGAUGUAACUUCCCCAGGAAUUGCACCAUUGCCAUCAUCAAGCCCAAGAGUGCAUCAUUCGUUGUCACAAAUGCUGCAAGCAGAUAGCAAUGAACCAGAAAUUAUUGAGUGGGGAAAUGCUGAAAACCCACCUGCAAUAGUUUCUCAUAAGGAUUCUCCAAAAGGAUUCAAGAGGCUUCUAAAGUUUGCUCGUAAAAAUAAGGGAGACAAUAAUGCUAACGGCUGGGCAAGCCCCUCAGUAGUUUCUGAAGGAGAAGAUGAACUAGAAGAACCAAGGGGCACUAGUGAUAGUGCCAAUUCGAGCAGGAGAACUUUUGAUGGUUCAAAGACUAAUAGCAUCUUAUCAGCUCAAUCAACUACCGGCAGCUUCAACUCUAUGAACUCGGAUAAGCUACGGGAGAGACCUGGAGCUGCCACAUCAACAAAAGCAUCAAGGUCGUUCUUCUCCCUCUCAAACUUCCGGAGCAGCAGAUCAAACGAGUCGAAGCUUCGAUAG